AUGAGCUUCUCACCCACCUUGCAGUGCUGCUUCUUAUUGCUCGGAGGAUUAUUAUCGAUCCGAGCCGAGCCCCUGUUCGGUCUGUUCACUCGCAGGGUCAAGCCCGGCGAGUACUCGUUCUUCGUACGGCUCGAGAACGUCGACUCGGGCAUGCUGUGCAGCGGAUCGCUCGUGUCGAAGCGUCACGUACUCACGUCGGCCCACUGCUUCAAGUUGCAGCCAAAUUUGAAGAAGAUCGGCGUGCUGCUGCUGGACGACGCGAAAAAGGGCGUGUACAAGAUAGAGUCGGCCGUCACGUACGAUCAGUGGUCGCUGCUGCAUCGGGAGGCGCAUCAUUUUUCCGACAACGACAUCGCGAUCGCCAAGCUCAAGGAAGAGGUGAGUGAAAUCGAGCCAGCGACGAUAAAACCGAUCGAUCCGUCGCAGCCUCACGGCGUAUUGAAGGUCGUCGGUUGGGACAUAGAAGACCACGAAGAGGACGACGCGACCCCGACGAUCCUGAAGGUGGGCUUUUUGAAAUUGAUGAAGAAGAAAGACUGCCAGGAUUCCAUCAGGCUGAUCUCCAACGAGGUCGAGAAUUUGGAGAACAAUAUCCUCUGCACCGAGGGCUUUCCGAAUGCAGUUUUGACCUGCGGCGACAGCGGCGGUCCACUGCUCGAUUCCGAAAAUCGGAUCGUCGGCAUCACCGACUCGAUUUAUUGCGCGGCCGUCGAAAACAAGAAAAUGUCGACGAACGUCCAUAUCGACAUCAAGUACUACGCGAGAUUCAUCGAGCAGACCACGAAGUCGUGACCGGA